CCUUCAUUUCCCGCUAUUGACUUCUACAGAGCCGCCUCCACGACAGUGUAUCUGUUCACGGAUCCAGCCACAUACGCAUCCAGCCCCCAGAUUGCCCUUGCCAUGCUCGACCAUAUUCUCGGCCGGCCUUCGCCUGGCCUCAAGCGGCUCGAAGUACUUAUCCUUGCUUCGCUGACAUUCGCCGCACUGAAACAGAGCCCCUCGUGGCCUGUUUUGGAUAAAAUCAAUAAGCGACUCGCACGGUUCCCACCCUGGAAGAUUGUUCUCGGGACGCUCUUUGCACUUUACCUGCUGAACCACACCUUCCUGCUGUGCUUUCUGAAUGCCCCGGAGCCCUUGGCGAGAAUGUAUACCCGCAACUUUUAUCGGGCCACCUGGGUCCUGACCUGUCUGGAUGCAGGAUUUCUCACGGCCAUGAAGAUCCCAUUCAAGCCCCUCCGCGAUUUCUGUUCGGUUGCGUUCUCGGCCAUGUACAUGUUCUUCCCUGACGCUGCUGACGAAAAGGUCCGCAAGUUCCGAGCGCUGUGUAGUGUCGAGAUGAUGCGAACCUCGUGGGAAAAAUCCCUCAACCCGAUCCUCCGGCUCCUGGCCUAUCCCCAGCGUGGAUAUUUGCCCAUCCGCAGAGACAUUACCAUCCCCCGACCCACUCCGCCGUCCGUGAGCUCGUUCCCGGGCACCAAAUUGGGCCCGAUCACGGUGCGUCUUUACUUUGACGGAGCGCCCGAGGAACUCAAGAAAUGUACUUCGCUGAUCUUGCAAGUCCCUGGAGGCGGGUUCGUUUCGAUGGGACCCAAAUGCCAUGACGAUUAUGUCUCGGUGUGGGCACGCAAAACCAAGAUUCCCGUUGUCAGCAUCGACUACGGCAAGGCACCGGGAUCUCCUUAUCCCUGGGCCCUGGAGGAGUGCUUCGAUGCCUAUAGAACGAUUACCGAGUCCAACGGCGAAAUUGUCGGCCUGGAGGGCUGGUUCGAGGUCGACGGGAACGGAAAGAGGGGAAAGAUGAAGCCACCCAUCAAGGUGAUGAUUGUUGGCGACUCGGCAGGUGGAAACCUGGCUGCCUCUGUGGUCAUCAAGUGCCUCGAAAGCAAGGACAUUCCUGUCCGUCCGCCCUCGGGACUCAUUCUCAUCUAUCCGUGCCUCAGCUUUGAUCUGGCCUGCUGGAUGCCGCAGGAGCAGCUUGGUCUCAUCCGCGCAGAGUCCAAAAUGUCACUCUCGAUGCAGUCGUUGGUUCAGGCCAAGGAAACCAUGGACGCUUUCUCGCCCUUGGCUGUGCCGCCAGCCCCCAAGCGUAUCGAUGUUUUCAGCAACAAGGUCCAGCAGAGCCGCACCAGUCUGUGGCGGUCCCUGUGGCGAUCACAACCCCGCAAGCAGCAUGCCAUGGUGCCAAAGUCACUCUCGAUGACUUCUCGAAUGUCAUACUUUACCGAUCGGCUGUUGGCCCCUGAGAUGAUGCGAGCCAUGGCUCUGAUGUACCUCGGAGGCUCCCCGAGCCCGCCCAACUUUGAUGAAGACUACUAUCUGAGUCCGAUCGUGGCUCCGGACUCGAUCCUGGCUCGCUUCCCGAAGACCUUCUUGAUCUGCGGUGAAAAGGAUCCGUUCGUCGAUGACACUGUGAUCUUUGGCGGGCGGCUGCGACAGGCCAAGCAGAAGGCCCGCAAGGAGUGGGAGUCGGUCAAAACCCGCCUCGGCGAUCUGGUGGUCAAUGCUGGCAGACCGCAUGCCCAUUCCAAGACUGCAACAGGCCGGGCUCCUGCAUCCACAGGAUCGUCCGAGUCGUCCGAGUCUUCUGGCAAGGUCGGCCGCACUUUCGAGCGUGUGGGCUUGAAUGGCGACGAUGACGAGGACGAGGACAGCGACGACGACUCGUUGCCGCAGACCAAGAUCCUGCUUGGCGACCUUGAGAUCGACAUUGAAGAGUUCCAGAAUCACAUCUUCAGCAAAGACCCCGGUGACAUGGUCAAGACCAAGAUCCUGGACGGCAUGUCGCAUGCCUUCCUGUUGAUGAUGUCGUUCCUUCCGGAGGCCCGACAGAUUGCGGAGCUGACAGCUGGCUGGAUCUCGGAGAUCAUCGAUGGCGGCGACGCCGAGGUCGCGGGCAUCACAUCCUUUGAGGCCUCCAACCUGACCCAUAUGAUGAUGGAGGACAUUGAGCAGCAGAGCUCGCAGGAGCGCCAGGGGACGCAGAAGCCAUCUGUCCAAGGCAAAGCCGCCCGCAAGCCCCAGGGUCUGGAGGAGGUCAGCGAGAAGCAGAUCUUGGAGCGACAGCGAAUGCAGCUGGCCAAGACGCAUCUCAAAUAAGAGGACGAAGCGGCCUGCAGUCAUGUCGGCUGUUUGGGACAUGCGGACUGCUCGAGACAUGUCGCCGAUUCUCCUCCUGCUCACCCCGCAAUGAUGAGGGUCCCCAUGCGAGUGACCCAGAAUAAAUGGCAACAUCUGCAUCGUGCCGAUCAAUCACAGUGCGCUUGGUCGACCGAUGCAACGCUGUUCUGGGCCCAGGCGCAGCGCCGCCCGAUAUCACAGACAGCAGGCG